UCACUAGCGCCAUAUUAAAAUGCUCCUUCCUCUUCCACUCGGAGCAGCCAGCAGCUAACCGCUAGCCGCCAGUGUGCCGUCUGCAUCCAGAACAUUGUCAGGGGGCGACGACAUGAUGGACAUUGACUCACUUCAGGAAGCGCUGAAAGACUUCGAUAAGAAAGGAAAGCAAGAGAGCUUUCCUCUUCUGGAGCAGUUUCUUUGCCAUAUCGCCAAGACCGGAGAGACCCUGGUUCAAUGGCCUCAGUUCAAGAACUACUUCCUGUUCAAGUUGGAGAAGGUCAUGGAGGACUUCAGGGUCUCGGUACCCGAACAGAGAGGCCCUGCCAACCCCAACGUGGAGUCCAUCCCAUUUGAGGAUAUGAAGGAGAGGAUACUGAAGAUAGUGAAGGCAUAUAAUGGAAUCCCAUUCACCAUCCAGCGCUUGUGUGAACUUCUCACAGAGCCCAAGAGGAACUACACAGGAACAGAUAAGUUCCUCCGAGGUAUAGAGAAGAAUGUAAUGGUGGUUAGCUGUGUCCAUCCGACCUCAGAGAAAAAUGGCUGCAGUGGAAUCAGUAGAAUGAAUGGAGUGAUGCUUCCUGGGAACACGUCGGCCUUCUCAGAGAGGAAAGUGAAUGGACCAGGGACUCCGCGACCACUGAACCGACCGAAGAUGUCGCUGGCCAGCUCACUAGCAGCCAACGGUCUGCCAGACAGCACAGACAACAAGGACUCGGAACCAGACCAGGAGGACGACAAAGAGUCCAGUGAGGUGUCGGAGUCGGGCAGCCUGGGCAGCUCGGUGAAGAACAAGCACCAGGACGAAGACGACGACGAGGAGGACAUGGAGUCAGAGCAGCACGAGGUGAAGAGGCUAAAGUUCAACAACAAGGAGGAGGAGUACGACGACGACGAAGACGAGGACGACGAGGACGACGAGCAGGAGUCGGACACGCUGAGAGAGCUGCACACAUCGGGAUGCUCCUCGAAGGAGGCCGAGGCCAUGGUGCAGGAGAAGGAUGAAGAGGAGGAGGAGGAGGAGGACAACGUGGCCUCCAGCAGUGCGGGCUCCAUCGAAGAACAAGAGCCCAGCAGCAGCACGCAGGCGGAGAUGCCCGCCGACCCGGGCCACGAGGAGCAGGCGGAGAGGGAGGUGCCGUGUGGCUCCCAGGAGGAAGGCAGCAGCGACAUGGACCAGACGGAGCAGCAGGCCCCGGGCGGCACCCCGGAGGAGGGGCCCGACACCAGCAGGGACAGCGACGACGGCGCCAGCGACCCGGUCAGCAGCAGCAGCAGCACCACCACCACCAGCAGCAGUAGCAGUAGUAGCAGCGUGGUCGAGGAGAGCAGCGCCGAGGUCCGAGAGGAGGGAGCCCCCGCUCCCUCCAGCAGUACACCGGAGACCCCUACAGAGGGCGCCACAGAGGGCGCCGGCUUGAACACUGGGACCAGUGACGAGCCCAUGGACCAGGACUAGACUAGACUCCUGAACCCGAGACCAUUCACAAAAAACAUCCACCAUGAGUCCUGCGUGGGAUGAGGGACAGUUUGUCUGCUAAUUGAGACAAACGUUGUGUCUUGCUUUUGUGGGCGUGCCCUCCAAAAUGCAGCCUGGCAUUAAUGUGGGCAUACAAAUACAUUUUGGUUUUGAAUUUUUUUUCCUUUUUAUUUUAAUUUUAUUUUUUUACCGGAAAGGUUUUUCUUUUUUUCUAUACAUAUAUAUAUAAUUAUUCUUACUGCUUCUGUUCAUUUAAAAAUUUCCUGAAGGUCAUUUGUCUCUGAGCUGUGCGUUCUGACAACCUUGACUCCCUUGGAUAGCUAUCUUCUUGUUGUCGUCGUUUCAACACUGGGCAGUUCGGAUACCGUGUUAUUCUGCUACUUUUAUCCUUUUCUCCCCCCCACCCACCAUCUUUAAGCGGUCCUGCUGUUUUUGGACCGAAAGAAAUGGAAGAGGUCAGUUUUUGAAGACUUCGACUUGGUUAGCGGGCCACAGGACGGGAACAGACCCCACUCCAGCCAUCACUGCAGUUUAAGCUUACAGGAAAGAUUUACUAGCACCAUCAACUGUUCCUGACUGAAGCACACGGCACCACCACGGGCUUCCCUCAAGUGCCAUCAUCACUUGAGGAUGCGUUUUUUUUAUGAAUAUAUAUAUAUAUAUAUUUCCGGAAGACGCAUUUCCCUACCUCCCACAUCGUGUCCUUUUUACACAUAACUACCCCUAUGUUUGUCAAUGAUCCGUAAUCCAACCCCCACUGAAGAAUGCUACUGAAAUGCCCUUGGCAGGCCUCUGUUGUAAGGUAUAUACAUUUUUGAAUGCAAAGAUCCCCCCCCCCCAACCCUAUAAUUAUAAUUUAUCGGAUCAUUUCUUUUUUUUGUAGUGUUUUAUUUUUAUUAUUGUAAUUUUUGUCUGCCCGUUCUAAUGUCCAAAGCCAGCUGUACGUACAAAGAGGACUUUCUGCUUACUUUGUAUUUGUGAUGUCCCCAUGUUAUUCUCACACACGGAUAUCCAGAGCAGUCACUGGUUACAGUUCCACGCCUGUUUCUGCAGCUGUACCUUUUUGAUAUUUAGAAUUUUAAAUUUCUGUAAAGUAGAUUUUUGUAGAUUGUAAUACGGUAUGUGUUCACUGCCUUUGUGAAACCAUAUAUAAUAGUAUAAUUUCUGUGUAUACUCUGAAUGCUCCUGAUUUCAAUGUGGUAUUCAGAAACAGCAAUAAAUGUUAACAUUUUUAAUA